UUUUUUUUUACGUCAUAAAGGCUUUAAGCAAAAGCAAUAAUUUCGAUUCAGUGGAUGACUAUGUAUUAAUAGAAGAAGUUCAACAAGGAUGGGACAAGAAGGCUUCUGAGAAGAAUCUUCAUCGUAGGUUCCUUGAUAUCAAUGAAAGACCUCUGGAAGCUCAAGCCCAAUGGCAAGGAGAUGGCCGAUUUGUUCUAAAAAAAUUAGCUGAUGAUCCCAGUACUCGAGCUUGGAUAACUACUAUUAGGGGCACGAUCAACAAAGAAAAGAGAUCAAAAGAUAUGGGCGGAGGACUGUGUGGCUGGACAGAUGGAGAAGAAGCCUUUCUAGUCUGCAUUUACAAUGUGGCUCCGGAUCAACCAUAUGCGAUACUGAAAGCCCCAAUCACGAGUACUAGUCAAGAUAUAGUGCAACAGGCUCUGCUCAAAGCAAGGCGAAUGGAAGAUCCAAGCAAAUUUGGUUUGGUUGAAGAACUGGAGUAUCCUCCCCUUGCUGAAUCGGCAUCAUCUAGCAAAAAGCGAUUGCAGAGACAGAGAAGAUUUCUGCAAGACCAUGAAAAUGUCUUCCUUGCCCAACAAAGAUGGAAGGGCAGGGGUUGGUUUGAAAUGAGAGAGAGAGAUCAGGGGAAAUCUGAUAAAAAAAUUAAAAAGUACUCUGGCUUAAGGAGAUUUGGAUAUUCUGCUAAAGGUGGGGACAAUAGCAACAAGAAUUCAAGGAGGCAAGUACACAGCGAAGGAGAGGAUGAAAGCAGAGAAACGACAGGCACGAAGUUUAAACGGUUUUCGUUGAAGAAACUAAAAACAUGGAGAUGACAUAUUUCACAUAAAUAAUUCUUUCUUUUCGGAAGUGAAAUAUUAAUUUAUUCAGAACGUUUAUUUUUCCUGCCUCUGAAUUCCAUCUGAGUUCCUAAACACUACAAGGUGUUUGUAUGAAUUUUUGGCUUUCGAAGAAAAUUGUGAGCACAUCCAACAUUGCUAUGUUACUUUUAUGUUACAUUAUGAAAAAACUCCCGUAGCACAAUGCACCUAACAGACUGUGUGUGUGCAACCAAAGAAAUAUUUACUUGUAUGAAUCGAUGUACAGUAAAUUUAUAUGUAUCUAUAUCUACAUACAUACAUACAUACAUACACAACUUAUAUGUAAAAGCACAAUUUUAAUUGAAAAAAGUCUUUAUAGCAUUGUAAACUAUACCAUUUACUGCAAAUGAAAAGAAAUUUAGAUGCUUAAAAUUAUGAGGAGUAAGAAGCCUCAUUGCAUAUCAUGACACGUACAUACCUUUGAAAUAUAACUAAAAAUUCUAUUAUAUAUAUUCUUGCACGAAGUGUUAAAAGGAAAAAAAUUAUAAGCUGCAAAUUUAUACCUGAAACGUAGAAAAACUGUCUUUCAUCCAAAAGACUUACGUUUGAUAUGAUUUUUAUACGAUAUAUUUUUCCCAAUUUUUAUGACAUUUUAAAGGUGAAAUUUCAAAAAAAAAAAAAAAAAUUCAUUGGGUUUUAUUCAUAAGUCAUGCAUUUCAUAUUCAUCAUAUUAUGUAAGUGAUAAUUAGAAUGUUUUUAAAAAUACUUUUUGAAAGUAAAUUUUAAUUUUAAUAUCAAAGAUUAAAUUUUGGUUAAUAAAAUUAUGUUUUCUUUUAA